AUGGCACCUAAAAAGCUGAAAAGCAAAUAUUACGGAGGUGAUGAUUACGAUGAAGAAGAUGAAGAAUCAGUUAAACUGUUCUUGAAGGAUUGCCACAAUAGACAAUCAGCCUUAAACACUAUUCAUCCUAGUCCACAUUCACCAAUCAGUUAUUUAAUUUCUCCUCUUUCAAAAGGUGAGCUUCUUUGCACAUCUGGGCAAAGUAGACUUCAUCUGUUUUUCCGUGAGAGUUCUCAAUCUGAUUCCGAAGGCCAAUUGGACUUUCUUAUUUUUCAAAGGCGUUCUACAAAGGCUUCUGUAAACCCGAUGACGUUAGAGGAAGAGGUCAGAAUUUUCCGAAGUCACGGCUUUCCACUUCUAGCUUGGCCUAGAAACAGAGAUAUAUCCACCGUUCUAAAGUAUCUUGGUGAUAACUAUCCGGACUGUGCUCUUUGGUUCAAGGAAUUACAUAUAUGUCAAACAUGGUUAAAUGAAAAGUGGCUCCCUUUGGCAAAUUAUUUGGGCAUUUCUACUUCACAGGACUCUAAACCAAAUUCUCACGUGUUACUUAAUCUCCCUUUAGAUUGUAUAGCAAAAAGUUUUAUCAAAGAACGAGUUGAUUGGCUAUUAAGCUAUUGCAGUCUUCUCGAAUCCUACCUUGUUCAUCGGCGUGUUGCCACACCUGGUUUUCAACAUAAUUCAAUUCAUCAACAGCUAAGGUCUCUUCAUGAGGAGCGUCAUCAGUUGGUAGCCAAUGAUGCAGGCUUUUUCAAUGUUGCCGGUAAUCGUCUACUGAAACUUGGCGAAAUGGCUACUUCGAAGGGCAAAACUGUGAGACUCCGCAUCCACGAAAUGGCCAAACAGAUUGUUGAUACCCAACAACGUGCUCAUUUCUUAAGUGUUCUGCUCCCAAUGUCCGAUCUUAAAUCGUCUCUCUCAAAUAAGGAUGCAACGGCGGAAUUACAAAAUAAUGAGGAAUAUGCUAAGGCAAGAGCAGCACUUAUAGAGGCCUUGGAAGAGGAUUCUGAAGAAGAGCCUUCUCCCGGAGGCAGCGAAAAUGAAGACGACUCUAUGGUUUCUGAGGAUGAUGAAGAUGUCAAGAUGACGGAGAAGGAUGAUGGCCUAUCUCUUCCAACAGCCCCUGAAUAUCCCAACCGUCCAGUCACAAAAGAGAUUAUGGAGAAUCGGGGUAUUAUCAAGUACCGACACAAGCGUGAAAGAAACCCACGUGUUCACAAUCGUUACAAGUACAAGAAGGCUCUCAUUCGUUACAAGUCAAGAGUGCCUGAAGUGCGCAAGGAAAUUACACCAUAUGCCGGUGAAUUGAGAGGUAUUCGUGCCCAUAUGGUCAGAUCUCAACAAUUCAAGAGAAAAUAA